AUGGCUUCCCCUAGCAUUCCGCCUGUGGAAGCUAUCAAGGUGCAGAACUUCAUCGAGAACCGAUACCUUGACGCCGAGCACACUUGGGAAUGGGUUAACUCAGUCUCCCCUGGCUCGGGCGAACUCCUGGCAAUUGUGCCCCGCAGCCCUACCAACGUCGUUGAAUACGCCGCCAAUGUCGCAUCUCGGGCUUUCCGAGAAUGGUCUGAGACCACAGUUCAGUUCCGGUCCGAAAUUCUCCUCCGAAUUGCGUCGCUUCUGGAACAGAAGAAAGAACUAUUUGCGUUGUGGGAAACCACUGACCAAGGCAAGCCUCUCUUUCGGGCUCGAGCCGAAGUUGAAGCAUCAAUUGACCACUUCCGCUACUUCGCCAAGUACAUCCUCGAGAACGACGAUCAGGUCCAUCUCAACAAAAGCCUUGGAGUAUCUACUCUGACCUACGAGCACCGAUCGCCAGUGGGCGUUUACGCCAUUAUCACCUCCUGGAACAUGCCCCUGUACUUUUUGACCUCGAAGAUUGCCCCCUGCCUUGCAUUCGGUUGCACAGCUGUGGUCAAGCCUAGUGAAUUGGCUAGCAUUACUGCCUUUUUGUUCACCGAAGUCCUCCGACGUGCAAACUUACCACCUGGUGUUAUGAACCUCAUUUUCGGAGACGGGCCCUGCACUGGUUCUACCCUUGUUGGCUCGCCGCUUGUUCAUGGGGUUUUGUUCAUUGGAGGUGUCAAAACAGGCAUUCAGAUUCGAGAGAAACUCACUCCCGAGAUUCACAAGAUCUUGUUUCUGGAAAUCAAAGGCAGUUGCCCUACUAUUGUUUUCCCCGAUGUCAAUAUGAGGCAGGCGGCUGCUGUCGCAGCUUCCGCGGCGUUUGAGAACAGCGGACAACUCUCUCUCAGCGGUUCUCACAUCUACGUCCACCGAUCGAUUUAUGGCCAGUUUCUGCGAAGCCUCGUUGACAUCGUCAAAGUGGACUACCACCUGCACAGGGGAGUUGGUCCAGUUAUGUCCCCAGAGCAUUAUGCCAAGGUCCGAUCUUACCUCGUGGACGCUAUUAAACAAGCCACCACGUUCGAGACCGGCCAUAUUCCCUCUGAAGUUCCGAGGGAUGGUUUCUGGAUCCAUCCAACUGUCCUGAGCAACACUCGUCUCGAUUGUCUCGUGACACGGGAGGUCUUUGGGCCUGUGGCGACUGUUUAUCCAUUUGAUACCGAGGAGGAAGUUAUCCAACUGUGCAACGCCAAUCCUCACGGAAUUGGCGCUACUGUCUUGACCCAUGAUAUGUUCCGCAUGGGCCGGAUCGGCAAGCGUCUCAACGCAGGCAUUGUGUGGGCGAACUCCGAAAUUGGUCAUGAUCUUAGGGCCGGGAUCACCGACUUGAGGGCGCUUGGCAAUACUCGACAAGGAGGUGCACGCGCUCGCGAAAUGUUCACAAAUGUGCGCGCAUUGCAUAUUCCCUCUUUCUAA